UACAUGAUAGCCGCCGCUUUACUUUCGUUUUUUCGUCCAACAUUGGGUGAUGCCGAUUCGAUUUGAAGUUUAUUAAUCGAUAGUAUCGCGUCAGGUCGGUAGUAAAAAUCGAUAUUAUCAUCGUAUUCAAGUGUUUCAAAUCGAUUAAAGUUCCAUUAACGCGAUCCGUCAGUCUUCUAUCACCAGUACAAUAGCCAGUCAAUGGAACGUAAAAUUUAGUUACAGAUAGUUCCUGUGAAGACGGUCACACAGAACAUCAACGAUCCAAAUCAUCCUGACAUCCGCAGUGCGAGAAUGCGCAACUUAACGGAAUAGUGACGUGAUGUCGGCGCCUUGUUCUGUUGACUAAACUGGUGUAUCGUACUUUACAUAAUCGAUUGUAAUCAUAAUCGAUCAUUUUGUUGGUGAUUUUUGCGGUAACUUGAUGCUUGCACACAGGUGAUCGCAUUUGUGGUGUGUAGUGGUGUAAAGAGAAAAUUAUUUCGUCAUAAAGCUAUACGUCAUAUAGCACAGUGGGUGAAAAUAGUGCAAUACAACGGUAUAGAGCAACAAAAGGAUCUUUGCUGUGUUUUUGUUUACCUCAAGCCAACGAGACGUAGUGUGUUAGAAUCAAGUGCGCGGUGAGCAAUGGCCCCACGAAGCAACAUCUGGAUGUAUUUCACCAAGGGUGUUCUGUCCGGGGAAUGUAACGAAUGUGGAGCAACGAUUAAAACGAUGGGAAAUACCAUGAAUAUGUGGAAUCAUCUGCAAAGGCGCCACCCCAGAGAGUAUGCGAUGGCGCGAGGGCAGCAGCCUGCUGAGUUCGAGUCUACAGAUCAUGAUCCUCUGGCGGCUGAGGUGGUUGUUGAAGCAACUGGAACUGUGCUGGAAGAUGGAUCCUUUCAAAUGGAUAUCAACAACACUACUCAACAUAUAACAGAGGAAUCACUAGAUGAAAUAAAACACCUACCGAAGUCUACUCCGGUUCGGUCGACCAAGAUGGCUCAAGUGAAACGGCGUCUCACCUGUCCUGAACAUGUGUCUCCGAAAUUUUCAUCUCCAACUAGCAAUCGCCACUCGACUACUGCAGGCGGUGAACAGCAAUCGGUACAGAAAGUAGAGAAACCCGACAGUUUUCAAGUGUUUGGAAAUUUUGUGGCAGAAGAACUACGUAAAAUUCCGGACCUAGUACUAGCGAAUCAAGUACAGCGGAAGCUGAACCGUUACCUGAUGGACUGUAUGGACGAGGUGGACGCGGCCUACUGUCAUCAAUCGAUAAGCAACAAUUAGAGUGUUUAUUUUUAAAUGUUUGCUCCCCCACGUUCCAAAUACUGAAGCAGCUUUUUGUUAUAAUUCAAACUAAAUCCUUCGAAUCGAUAGGAUUAAUAGGAGAACGCUCCACAAUCCGAUUAGAAUAAGAAAAAAACAAUGAUUAAGAAUUUGAACAGUU